AUGCCGAAAGCCAGAGCGCUGGAUCUGGCAGCGGGCGUCGGCGGAACGAUCGACAAAAGCGAAGUCCUCUCUGCGAUUAACAAAUGGAAAGGGGAGUCUCAACAAGAGAGCAUGAAGAGACAUGAACACUUCCUCGCAUCGCAGCUAGCCUUAAAACCAGGUUACGAGAUGCUGGAUGUAGGGUGCGGAAUUGGUGGACCUCUCAGGGAAAUAGCUCGAUUCAGCUUCACAUCUAUUACAGGAUUAAACAACAAUGAGUACCAGAUAACAAGGGGAGAGGAACUUAAUCGCAUUGCAGGUGUGGACAAGACAUGCAAAUUUGUUAAGGCUGAUUUCAUGCAUAUGCCAUUCUCCGACAAUACUUUUGAUGCAGUUUAUGCAAUUGAAGCUACCUGCCAUGCACCCAAUGUCGCAGAGAUCGAGAUAGGAAAUGGCCUUCCAGACACCCGGCUGACCGUGCAAUGCAUUGAAGCUUUAAAACAAGCAGGUUUUGAGGUCAUAUGGGAGAAAGAUUUAGCCGAUGGCUCUCCAGUCCCUUGGUACCAGACUCUGGACAGAAACCAUUUCUCCUUGAGUAGCUUCCGCGCAACGGCUCUCGGGCGUUUGAUUACCAGAAUCACGGUCAUGUCUCUCGAGUGCGUGGGGCUAGCCCCAGAAGGAAGCCUAAGGGUGCUAAAAGUUCUGGAGAGGGCUGUGGAGGGCUUAGUUAAAGGCGGAAGGACAGGAAUUUUUAUGCCGAUGUACUUCUUCUUGUGUCGGAAGCCUCAGUGUGAGAGUUCAGUGAUGUCGCGGGGAUCGUGCUAAUUGAACUUAUGACAAAGAAAUGGUGUCUUCCAGAGUCAGAAUGGCACUAUCGCCUGUGUUGAAUUUUGAGUGUGAGAGUGUGGUGCGUGGAGUUCGCUUUUCAGUUGCUCGUCGGAAUUGUGCUCCUUUAAGACAUGGUGUUCGCUGCGGUUGGAUCUUUUCCAGGAACCAUCUUGUCGCGCGAAACAUCGAUCACCAUGUCCAUUGUAUCGCUUCUUAAUUUGUGCAACGGUAUGUGCCGCAGUACCUAGUAAUUCUCACUACUUGGCGGUUAAACAGAUUGCAGAUUUCCUGCAUCUGCAGUGUACACCAUACACGCAAUGCACCAGCGCAGAUGAAACUACAGAUUCGUCCGAACCCGACACCCAUUCUAGCAUAUACCCUUUAACACCAUGAGAGUGAUUUUUGCGGGUCCAGGCCAUCUUUCGCUCAUCCCGAUCGCAGAGAAUCAAAAGCCAUGGCCUUUCUUACUUUAGAUAAUACGUUCUGUCUGUUAUUAAUUACAUUAUGAUAUGGCUAUGCCAUCUUUAUAGCAGGCCAUUUUGUAUUUCUGCAAUUGCCUAUGAUUCAAGUUAGUU